AUGUUCCUGAAACUGAAAGACCUGACGACUAGCCAGGCGUUUCUCGAAUUCGACACGAACAAGGACGGUUGGAUUUCACCGAAAGAGUUUCAACGCGCGAUGGAGGGUCAGAAGAUGUACUCUAUCGAGGAGAUCAAUUACUUGAUGAUGUGCACAGACGUUAACAACGACGGAAAGAUCGACUACAUGGAAUUCACUGAACGAUUCCACAACCCGGCAAAGGACAUCGGUUUCAACCUCGCUGUUCUGUUGACCAACCUCAAGGAGCACAUCAGUGGCGACAACCGCCUUGACCCAAUAUUCCAAACGGCAUCGGCGAUGUGCGAGUACUUCGACCAGUAUCUGGGACGCAUCGAAAUUAUGGGAUCAAGCAAACGUGUUGAGAAGGUGUACUUUGAAAUCAAGGAAGAAUGGCUCGAGCAGUUCAACAAGCCCCAAAUUAAACAAUCGAAAAAAGACUUUUUGUUUAACGUGAUGCAGAGCGAUGGUGGUGAGCAGGGCAAAUUGGAAGCCUUUGUGAACUUCUGUGAAGACACGAUCUUUGAGAUGUCGCAUGCGGCGGAAAUCAGUACUGACGACCAAGACUCCAGGAUCGAAAGGGCAAAACGACAGCGAGAAAUAUUCAUGGGGUCAAUGGACAAGCCAGAGACAGGAAUGUCGUUUAUCGAUGUCAUUUCCUGCUGCGCUUCGUACUUACAUAACGGUAUUACGUUCGUCUACAAAUGGUGCAGACCGUCUACGUUUGAACAAAGCCGACAGACGCUGACCGAAAAGAUGAAAACGAUGACCUACGCACAGAUGUUCAGAACGUCCUGCUCGUACGGCUUCAAGUUUGGCAAGUCCGGCCUCUGGCUAACGUAUUUCUUCGUGGCUACCCUGUUGCGUUUCCUCUUCUACCUGAUGGGCGGUACGAAGGAGGACGAGGAGGCGACCCUGAAGCCGCUCUCUCCGUUAAUGGCCGAACGGCGCCUGCUGCCAAAGUACCAGGCCCUGCACCAGCUGUCCAGCAUCGAUAAACCGUCGACGGACAACAUCGAAGCAUUUGGAAUAUCCCUCACCUACGACAACAGCGUCAAUCUGCUACCGCAAAUCGGCGAAACCGAGGAACAGUCUUUCUCUGAACGAACCUCCAUGUUGAGCGCUUCAGAGGACGAAAACGCUAAUGUGUCCCGCUUCCUUUCUCCAGUACCUCCAGGUGUCCAAUUUGUCAAGGAAGCCUCUGAAAAUCUUAAUGGCAGAACUCAGAGUCGCCAUCCAUCGGUGUCAUCGCAACCCAUGUCUUCGGGUCCUGACUAUCCUGAAUACAUGGCUGUCUACGAACCAAAAAUAGCCGAAACUCUGCAAAAAUCUAAAGUUCCGCUUUCGGGGAUCUUGGCAAGAAACUUCUUCGUCUUGAAAUACAUCACUUUGGGUUUGGCAUUUUUCAUCAACGCCAUUUUGCUGUUCUACAGAGUCAGUGUAAACGCCGCGGAAAUCAAGGAAAGCUUUAUGAAACCCGGCAUUGAUACCGAAUUUGACAAUGCAUCGAUGGCUAAGGCGUCAUCAGCCGUUGCGGAAGUAGAAGAACUGGUGAUUCAUGAGAAUUACUAUUACUUAAAUCACGUGCUCAUCGGAUUGUCACUCUCCCACUGUCUUGUCUCGCUGGCCUUACUCAUCGCCUAUUACCAGUUGAAGGUAAUUUGCAAAAUAAUUAAUUGAAU